AAACCUACGUGCGAAAAUUAAAUUCAAUUAGAAGGAGGUAUGGGAGAAAACUGACCGUGAAGUUACAUGAAACAAUGAUAUGAAGUUAUGAAGAUAUUACUUGACAAUGUAGAUCGUAAUGACGCGGUAGUAUUAAUCAUCGCGAAUGAUUGAGCUGGCAGAACUAUCUUUUAUUCUUAACACUGGAAGAUUGCUAAUCAAGAAUUGUAUCGUCAGCCAUUGCAUAACCUGGGAGGAAGAUGGGUCCUUGUUUUGUUACGUGAAUCCUUAAUUGCCAAAAUACAGAUCACCUUCGCUGUCAUAUCUAUUUGAUCAAAGGAUGCGCUGUUUUUGAAUGGUUUUGAAAUAAUUUUGCACGUGUACUUGAACUCAUUUUGAGAAGUAUAUAAAGCCAGAAUUCAUAUUCUUUGAUUCAAUAUAAUUUAAAGUGACUUUGUUGGCUGAAGCUACCAAAUCAGAUCUGACUAUGAUACUCAAGUUAGGAUUCGUUCUAAUAUUCACUCUCGCAAAUUGUGUAGCGCACGAGGGAUAUUCAUAUGUGCGUCCCAUCAAACAAUUGUCUUACAAUCGAGGAUACAACUACGAGAAUCCGUACGAUCAGUGGUCGGAUGAAGGCGGAAUUCCCGGCGUAGCCGGAAAAGAUUAUCCGAUCUUCCGCCAAGUUCCAUGGACGCGAUUCGUGUGCGAUUGGAAAUAUCCGGGCUAUUAUGUCGACCCUGAGGCCGACUGCCAAGCAUAUCACAUCUGCCAACGCGACGGCCGUAAGGACUCGUUUCUUUGUCCGAACGGCACGUUAUUCAAUCAGGAGAGACUGGUUUGCACGUGGUGGUACACCGUGGAUUGCUCUCGCGCGCAAAGUUUCUACUCCAUUAACGAGGCGAUUGCAAAAGCAAUGGAGGAAGCUGAUAGACGCAUAGCUGAAGAAAAACUAUCUCGAGGUUAUCAUCGUGAAUCUAACGUUGAGAAUAAAUCUUGGAAUAAGAACUGGCAGAAUGAACGACAAGAAUGGAACAAAUACAUCACUCCUAUUCAUCGUGAUCAUAAUUUGGAUUCCUCUAAGCAACCUCCUUAUGAAACACCUGCGACAUCGGGACGUCCUCUUUAUGGCACAUCCAAGAUUUCUGUUAAAUCUUGGUCAAAUGCGAAUACACGUUAUGCUAAUUCUUAUCUGUUGGAGCCAAAUUACAAGACUGGUGUCAAAGGCAAGCACAAAACUUCGCAACGUCAACCAACGUUUUACUUACCUUCAAAUUAGCCGAACAGCACGAUGCAUAUCGUUUAUAAUAUCUUGAACAUUUUAU